AUGGCAGCUUCAGUUCCACCAGGAGGUCAGCGUAUCUUACAAAAGAGAAGACAGGCACAAUCCAUUAAGGAGAAGCAAGCAAAGCAAACCCCCACUUCCACCAGACAGGCCGGUUACGGUGGGUCUUCAAGCUCAAUAUUGAAAUUAUAUACGGAUGAAGCCAAUGGAUUCAGGGUCGACUCUCUUGUCGUGUUGUUUCUAUCCGUCGGUUUCAUUUUCUCUGUCAUUGCUUUGCAUCUAUUGACGAAAUUUACACACAUUAUAUAA